GGAGAUUUGCAGAUAAUGUAAUAACAGAAUAUUCACAGCCAACAUACAUACGUACGGGCUGGUGGACGGCAUCAUUUUCCAAUGCGCAGCGACAGUGUUUUGAGUCCCUUGGUGUCCUGUUCCUGAUUAACUUUGAAGAUAAAGCAGACCUUGCUGGACAAUAACAGCGCGUCGCGAGGCUGGCAUCACCGGUGUUUCUCCCAUCCAACACACCACGAGAUCGCGGGUUCGUGUUCGUCUCACAGUGCCAAUGGUUACCCUCACUCUGGGCUGGCUCGCCGCGGGGCGCAAUGAUCGACAAGCACAGUGUCCAGCAUGUCGCCAGAACGGGGCCACCUGCAGAGGAGCAUUCAUCGCUAACCACGACCGCUUCCUCCCCCAUAACGACGCCUUGAACUCGGCAAAGGAGUUCCGCGACGCUGUCGUCGCCCUCAUGGACGAAUGGGCCGAACUCGUCGAAUGGCUCUCGUACCGCCACAUGGUCACCUACUGGCUGGGCCUCCUCCGCUGGCGUCAACACACGUACCCCGGCGAAGACCUCCAGCCUCCGUUCCGCGGCGCCGUGCCACGGGCCCGCGUGCACCGCCUCGUGCAGACGGUCUCGGCGCGGGUCCGCCUCGUGCGGGCGACGGACGACGGCUUCUACGCGCUGCAGUGCGCGGCGUUCCGGCAGGUGCAGCGGGAGAGGCGCGGAGCGUACGUGAGGCGGCUGCGGCAGCUCGCGGGGCGGUAUGCGGACCUGGUGGGCGAGCUAAGGGUCAAGAUCACGAGGGAGGAGUGUGUGCGGCAGAUGGGGUUCUUCGAGGUGAAGAGGGAGUUUGACCGGGAGCUGGAGGUUGCGCAGAGGCACUUUGAAGGGGACGCGAGGUUUGAGCUGUAGAAGGAGGAGAGAUGAUGGGCUGAGGAAAUGUAUGGUUGAGUAAUGGGUUUCUCUGAUACAAGUCAGACGGGCAUAUGUCUUGAUACUUGAUCUGCCGUGUAAGUGUUGGGGCGGGAAUACACUUGCGGUUAGCUAUUUAAUCAGGAUAACAAUUGCACACAGAAGCCCGGGCAUUCAGACAAUCUUGUUCUUCAUGAGUUCAUUAUCAGUCUAUAAUUGCCAGAUGAAUAAAAAAU